UCCCCCCCACCCAACACAGUCCCUCUCUCUCUCUAUCUCUCUCUCUCUGUUAAACAGUCGAAGUCGAAAAGCCCAUCACCACAUUGGCUUUUUCCGCCUUUUGUUUCUGUGUUCCUAUGCAAUUGUCUACGUCUGCUGCUUCUUCUGCUCCCUCUUCUCAGUACCUGCAAAUGGGGGAGGAAAUGGAAUCAUACUUUGAAUUUCUUGUUAUCAUUUGAUGCCCUCUUCUCUCUUUUUUUCCCUUCUCAUCUUUCAGCCUUCUCUGCCUCAGUUCACUGACUACUGGGUUUUCCUGCAAACCAAAUAUGAAUUUCUUCUUCUUUUAUCUUCAUCUGCUCAUACCACACAUUCCUCUCCUGUUUUAGCUUUGUGGGUACCCCUCGAAGUAUGAGAAUUUCUUGACAUGAUUUGACCUCCUCAUUUCCAAUUUUCUAUUUUUGCUUUGUGGGUACCCUUUAUUUUUCCCGUUUGAUUUCUCAUUUUACUCUAUUCCCCAUCUUUUGUUGUUUUCAAUUUCUUGCUACUUCUGCUGUUGGAUUGUUUACUGGGUUGUGCUUUCUGUUGAGCAACUCUGGGGAACAUAAAUAUUACUGGGUGUUCAUGGAAAUUGAUCUGAACCAUGCAGUGACUGAGGUGGAGAAGAGUGCUUAUUGUAAUGGGGAUUGUGACAAGGUGGGUGGUGGUUGUGUUUAUUGUUUGUCCUCUUCAACUUCUUCAUCUUCUUCAAAUUCGUCUUCAGCUCCUGUGGCUUCUUCAAUUUAUUUGGAGCUUUGGCAUGCUUGUGCUGGUCCACUCAUCUCACUGCCCAAGAAAGGGAAUGUGAUUGUCUACUUCCCACAAGGUCACUUGGAACAAGUUGCCUCAUCCUCUCCUUUCUCUUCCAUGGAGAUGCCCACCUUUGAUCUCCAGCCACAGAUCUUCUGCAAGGUUGUGAAUGUCCAGCUACUUGCUAACAAGGAAAAUGACGAGGUCUAUACGCAUGUCACUUUGCUUCCUCAGCCAGAGCCUGAGUUGGUAGGAACAAAUUUAGACGGCAAAGAGCUUGAAGAGUUAGGAGUGGAUGAGGGGGAUGGAGGAUCACCUACAAAAUCAACCCCUCACAUGUUCUGCAAAACACUUACAGCUUCUGAUACCAGUACCCAUGGAGGGUUCUCUGUUCCUCGCAGAGCUGCUGAGGACUGUUUUCCUCCUUUGGACUAUAAGCAGCAGAGGCCCUCUCAAGAGCUUGUUGCAAAGGACCUGCAUGGGGUGGAGUGGAGGUUUCGACAUAUUUAUAGAGGUCAGCCAAGGCGACACCUGCUCACUACAGGAUGGAGUAUUUUUAUAAGCCAAAAGAAUCUUGUCUCGGGGGAUGCUGUGCUUUUUUUGAGGGGUGAAAAUGGAGAGCUAAGGUUGGGAAUUAGAAGAGCUGUUCGACCUAGAAAUGGUCUUCCUGAUUCAAUUGUGGGCAACCAGAAUUCUUAUCCCAGUGUUCUCUCUCUUGUGGCUAAUGCAAUAUCCACUAAGAGCAUGUUUCAUGUAUUCUACAGCCCUAGGGCAAGCCAUGCAGAGUUUGUCAUCCCCUACCAAAAGUAUGUCAGAAGCAUUGCUAAUCCAGUGACCACCGGGACAAGAUUCAAAAUGAGAUUUGAUAGGGAUGAUUCACCGGAAAGAAGGUGUAGUGGUGUAGUGACUGGCAUCAGCGACUUGGAUCCCUAUGGAUGGCCUAACUCCAAAUGGAGAUGCUUGAUGGUCAGAUGGGAUGAAGAUAUAGGAAAUGAUCAUCAAGAACGAGUCUCCCCGUGGGAGAUUGAUCCUUCCGUUUCUCUCCCACCUUUGAGCAUUCAGUCUUCUCCAAGAUUGAUGAAGAAACUGCGGACAAGUCUGCAGGCAACUCCGCCCAACAACUCCAUAACUGCUGGAGGGGGUGGGUUUAUGGACUUUGAGGAAUCAGUUAAAUCCUCUAAGGUCUUGCAAGGUCAAGAAAAUAUAGGUUUCAUAUCACCCCUGUAUGGAUGUGAUACUGUAAACCGCCCGCAAGAUUUUGAGAUGCAAACUCCGACACAUCCAAGUCUUGCAUCAAAUGCAACACAGAAGGCUACUAUUGGCGAGCUUAUGAGGGCUCGCCACUCCACCUACACAGGAUUUGCGGAAUCUGAUAGGUUUCCAAAAGUCUUGCAAGGUCAAGAAAUAUGCCCAUUGAGAUCUUUGACCGGAAAAGCAAAUUUCACCCUAGGUGAUUGGGAAUCCAACCUUGGUUGCACAUCUUUCAACAUUUAUCAAGCGCCCAAACCAAAUUUUUUCUCUCUAGCUUCUGAAUCCCUUCCAAAUAUAUAUUUUCCUUAUGGCGACAUUCGCAGAGCUGGCCAAGAUCCUGUGAUAUGCUCUAAUGGUACUAACUUACCCAGGGAGAGUAUGAAAAUCAACCCAUAUUCUAUGCAAAUGGGAGUUACACGAAAUGAAGCUGGAAGGCCAAAUAAACCUAGUGAGCAUAAGCCGCAGGAGAGUAGCUCUGCUCCUCCCACGUUAGUGCCAAAUCCAAGAAAUCCCAAUGAUGAAGACUUUAAUGGAACUGUUACUGGAUGUAAACUUUUUGGGUUUUCCUUGACUGGGGAAAAUCCCACUCCAAACUCUCAGAGUUCCAGUAAGAGGAGUUGUACAAAGGUUCACAAGCAAGGCAGCUUAGUGGGAAGAGCCAUUGAUCUCUCGAAACUGAAUGGCUAUGGUGACCUGCUGAGUGAACUAGAACGGCUAUUUAGCAUGGAAGGCCUUCUACGAGAUUCUGAUAAAGGAUGGCGGAUCUUGUACACUGACAGUGAGAAUGAUGUCAUGGUUGUUGGGGAUGACCCAUGGCAUGAGUUUUGCAACGUGGUCUCCAAAAUUCAUAUAUACACUCAGGAAGAAGUGGAGAAGAUGACCAUCGGAAUGAUCAGUGACGAUACUCAAAGUUGUUUGGAACAAGCCCCAGUCAUGCUGGAAAUGUCAAAGUCCUCAUCAGUGAGCCAGCCAGAUUCUUCCCCAACAGUAAUCAGGGUCUAAAAAGAAUAAAAUCCAGGGUUGUCAUUAGGUUGUUAUAACUUUAUCCGCCUAUGCAAAUAAUGCGCACCAGAACCUAGUUAUGUAUUUUCCGGAUUUCCUAGGCCAAACACAUCUCGAAAAUGAAACAUGUAUGGCCUUCUAGAGAUUU